ACGACUUAAACACUCCACGCCACCCAUUCAACGCAAGUCGUCCCUGCUCCUGCCCCGUUGUAAUACUUAUAUAAACCUCCACCACCACCACCACCACCACCACCACCGACGUACUUGCUACCAAACUCAUGGCUGCUACCGCUAAAUUUUCUACCAAACUCAUGGCCGCUACCGCUAAAUUUUCGUAUCUUUCUUCAUUGCCGGCUGGUUUUGUUUUCCGUCCCACGGAGGAGCAGCUCAUUACCCACUACCUGAAGAAGAAGAAUGAUGGCAACGAGUCUGUUAGUUUUAUCAAGGAGAUCGAUCUGUACAAGUUCGAACCCGAGCAACUCCCAGACAAAUCGUUUAUCCCAUCUGAUAAUUUUGAGUGGUUUUUCUUCCGGGCCAGCACCUUGGUCAUUGAAAGAACCACGGGUACUGGCAGCUGGAAAUCCAGCGGUGAUCCCCGCCCCAUCAAGGCUCGAGGAACCGAUCAAGUGAUCGGAAGUAGAGAAAUCUUCGUGUUCCAUCGAGGGCGGGGAGACAAGGGUGUAAAGACCAAUUGGGUGAUACACGAGUAUAAGCCUCGCCCAGUUUCAAAAAUCCCUUCCAAGCCCCAAUUCGUCAUUUUUCGAUUGAAGAAUGAAAACGCAGAUGGACAGAGCAGUAGCGUUGCUUCUCAAACGAAAAAGAAGAAUAUCACACAGAAGCCUGGAGCUGGAACUUCCAAAAAUCCAGAUAAUGCCAUACAGAGUGUAUAUGAUUUUGAAAAGCACAUUACGGAAUCGGUGUUCGGCAAGCAUAAAAACUUGGACCAGAUGACAUCAAACAAACACGAGGAAUCGGAGGAAUUAGAUGACGCUUAUGCUGAUAACGAAGAAAGAAAGUUGCGUAGAGAGCCCACAAGUGUAAAGGUAUUCAGGGUCAAUGGCAACACUAACUCCCGCAAGGUUGUAUCCAAAGGAAGUAAACCACAAAAAGGCCCAUUGUCGAAGGAAACCCCAACUACAAAGACGUCCCGAUACAAGGUUCAAGGGGAUAACACACGUACACUACUCGUGAAUCCACCCCACCCAUCUACCAAACGCAUUCACCACAACUCCACUGUCCACCCAGUUGCCAAACUGUUGCUAGGCAUCGGGAUGUUUAAGCGGAUGUAUCUCCCGUCUGGCUUAUUCUGAUUUACUUACGUAGAAGCCGAUGGAUCUCCCAUCUACCAAACGUAUUUAUAUUGCAGAAGCUAUUUUAUGAUUUUGUUACUGGUAUAUUUUUUCUCAUGGUAGCCUGUAUUCUAUUUAAACGGUGUGAACAUUAAUGAAUAUCGUACUCUUGAUUUA